UUGCGACAGAAUAAUGAAUAAUGAAUAAUUCAGGUACAUAAAAUUGUGUGUCUGGAUAUGCUUAUUAAAAGAGAAUGAGGGAAGGGGUGGGGAACCGACAGCCAUUCUACUCCUUCUCAGAACAUGGUCUAGACCAGAGGUAUGUGCUUUAUUCCAAAGAUGCUUCCUUUUGGUUUUGUUGAGAUGGCUUGGUUAGGCAAAUUCAGCCGUAUGAUCUGUGAGCGGAAGGAAGGAGGGUGGAAGAUGGACGUUCCUUUUGUUUCUGCGUGGCCCACUCCCGGCCGGGGCCCAGCAGUGCUGGUGUUGUCCGAAAAGUCGGAUCCUUUCCCCUAUCUCACACGCCAGGAUCAGACAUUUAUUCAGCACAAGGCUGGGUGCUCGGUGGUUUCCACAAAUCAAGAAUACCCAUCAAGACUCUCCGUGCGAUUUUUAUACACAUUUUACAAAGUCAUUAUAAUAUUAGUACCUCCUAUGUAUAUUUGAUUGGUUAGUAAUUUACAUACGAUUACACCAUCAAGUUACAGCUACCACGUGUGCUCAAGGGAAGGGUCUUCACCUGGGCAAGGGUCUGCUUGAUCUACGGGCGUGAUUUUUAGUAGUAUGAAGGUAGUUCAGCCUAGGACACUAAAAAUUUUCGCUUUCCUGGCAAGUUGGCUAAACUUCUCAAAACGUGUAAAUUAGUCCCAUCUUCAAGGUCCUUAUGCUCAUAUGUUCCAGGAUGUGCCUCCUCGAGAGUGAUGCAAUACUUGCCUCCGAUUAGGAGUUCUUUCAUUAGCUCAUGCUUGAUAGAUUCAAGGAUAGAAUCCUCAUUAUUCUUGAGAAUACACGUAUGGCCUUUCAAUACUAGUUACUAAUAAUGUUUCAAGGAUAUGCUUUGGUAACAGAAGGACAUAUAUUUAAAACAAUUCUACAUCUGAAGUUUUAUGGUUUUUAUUGGGACCUUUUGGUAUUUAAACUUGAGCAGGGGGAAAACAUCUGUGAAGCUCCUGCUAAAAGAGUCUCUGAAUGUUGAAGAAUGGAUCUGGGACGUACUGUGCUUAGAUACUUUACUCCUGUUUUAAAGAGCAUAGCAGACCAUUUCUUUGUGUUCCUGUGUCACCGUUGUAUUGUCUGUAGUUGCAUAUUUAUAAUGACACUCGUUGCGUGCCCAGCAAUGUAUUUACUAUUGAAUCAUUUGUAGCCGUACUAGUAACCACAGCUUUACGCUUUUUUUUCCUUAAAGCAGAGCCCCAUCUCGCCAUGAGGCGGCGCCGCCGCCGCGCGGGAGCGAGGGCCGCGUUUGCCGCCGUGUUGAGGGCAGGCGGGCGGACAGCGGCCAUCGCGCCUCAGGCCGGGCCGCGCGCGGCGGGGCGGCCAUGCUGGGAGAAAGCAGCGAGGGGAACGCGAGCGGGCGGGCGGCCGCCUCAGAGUCCUAUACGGGCCGCGGCUCUUCCACCUCGGUGCAGGGCGGGCGAGUGGAGCGGGUGCCCCGCUACACUCUCGGGCUGCUGCAGACGCCGCACAGCUCGGCCGACAGCACCGGCGGCUGCUCCAGCGGCGGCGAAGGCCGUGCUCCCGGCCGGGCUCCCUGUGGCAGUGGGGCGAAGCCGCCGGUUCCUGGAAGAGGAGAAUCAUAUUUUGGGGACAAAAGUUCUUGUGUAGAAAAUGCUAGCACAUUGAAUUUCACCAGUUCUUCUUCUGUGCGAGGCCUCAAUAGCACAUGUAUAGGAAAAACACCUCUCUCUUCCAGUAGAUCUGUUUGCAGAAGCCGUACCCCUCUUAUGGGAUAUUCAGUUACAUCCUCAUCUGCAGUCUCUGCUCACAGUGUUGCUUCGGUUAUUGUGGCUGUAGUAGAAGGAAGAGGCCUUGCCAGAGGUGAAGUAGGAAUGGCCAGUAUUGACUUAAAAAAUCCUGAGGUGAUACUAUCACAGUUUGCAGACAAUACGACUUAUGCCAAGGUUAUUACUAAACUCAAGAUUUUAACACCACUGGAAAUAAUAAUGUCAAACACUGCUUGUGAUGUAGGAAACGCAACAAAAUUGUUCAGUCUGAUAACAGAGCAUUUCAAGAAUGUGACUUUUACAACUGUCCAAAGAAAAUACUUCAAUGAAACAAAGGGUUUGGAAUACAUAGAACAAUUGUGUGCAUCUGAAUUCAGCACCGUUUUCAUGGAGGUUCAAUCAAAGUACUACUGUCUUGCAGCUGCUGCAGCUUUGCUAAAAUAUGUUGAAUUUAUUCAAAAUUCAGUUUAUGCUCCUAAAUCACUCAAGGUGCGUUUCCAGGGAAGCGAGAAAACAGCUAUGAUAGAUUCAUCAUCAGCGCAAAAUCUUGAACUAGUAAUUAAUAACAGAGAUUCUCGGAAUGGUCACACGCUUUUUGGUGUCCUAAACUACACUAAAACUCCAGGUGGAAGUCGAAGACUUAGAUCCAAUAUCCUGGAGCCACUAGUUGAUGCUGAAACAAUUAACACGAGACUGGACUGUGUUCAGGAGUUACUCCAGGAUGAGGAGCUCUUUUUUGGUCUUCAAGCAGUUAUCUCAAAAUUCCUGGAUACAGAACAACUACUUUCAGUUUUGGUACAAAUUCCAAAGCAAGAUACAGUUAAAGCUGCUGAAUCAAAAAUAACGAAUUUAAUCUACCUGAAGCAUACUCUAGAACUUGUGGAGCCUCUAAAAGCUGCUUUAAGAAGCUGUAACACACCUCUGCUAAAAGCUUAUUACAGUUCUCUUGAAGAUACAAGAUUUGGAAUUAUACUUGAGAAGAUUACAACUGUCAUUAAUGAUGAUACAAGGUACACAAAAGGAUGUCUGAGUAUGAGGACCCAGAAAUGCUAUGCUGUUAAGCCUAACAUCAAUGAAUUCCUUGACAUAGCUCGCAGAACAUACACAGAAAUUGUUGAUGACAUAGCAGGUAUGAUAACACAACUUGCAGAAAAGUACAACCUACCAAUGAAAACAAGUUUCAGCUCUACACGUGGGUUUUUUAUCCAGAUGAAUGUUGAUUGUUCAACAUUACCCAGUGGCCAACUUCCUUCAGAAUUUACAAAGAUCACUAAAAUGAAAAACACAUACAGCUUCACUUCAGCAGAUUUAAUAAAAAUGAAUGAAAGAUGUCAGGAGUCCCUGAGAGAGAUAUAUCACAUGACCUACUUAAUAGUGUGUAAACUACUGAAUGAGAUUUAUGAACACAUUCAUUGCCUUUACAAGCUGUCUGACAUUGUGUCAAUGCUGGAUAUGCUGCUUUCAUUUGCCCAUGCCUGCACUCUUUCUGAUUAUGUUCGUCCAGAAUUUACGGAUACUUUAGCAAUCAAGCAGGGAUGGCAUCCCAUUCUUGAAAAGAUAGCUAUGGAAAAACCUGUGUCUAACAACACGUAUCUGACAGAGGGUAACAAUUUUGUCAUUAUUACAGGACCAAAUAUGAGUGGAAAAUCAACAUACCUAAAACAGAUUGCUCUCUGUCAAAUUAUGGCACAGAUUGGUUCUUAUGUCCCAGCAGAGUAUUGUUCUUUUCGAAUUGCAGAGCAAAUUUUUACCAGAAUAGGUAUGGAUGAUGAUAUAGAAACAAAUGCAUCAACAUUCAUGAAGGAAAUGAAAGAGAUAACAUACAUCAUGCAAAAUGCUAAUGACAAAUCACUCAUCAUAAUUGACGAACUUGGCAGAGGUACCAGUGCUGAAGAAGGUAUUGGCAUUUGUUAUGCUGCCUGUGAAUAUCUCUUGAAUUUAAAGGCAUUUACAUUGUUUGCUACGCAUUUCCUGGAACUGUGUCAUAUAGAUGCUUUAUAUCCCAAUGUGGAAAAUUACCAUUUUGAAGUGCAACAUGUGAGAAGCAGUGCUGGAAAUAAGGAGAAAAUUGCUUACACUUACAUGCUCUCUAAAGGAUAUACAGAGGAAAAGAACUAUGGAUUAAAAGCUGCAGAAGUUUCCUCACUGCCAUCAGCCGUAAUUCUGGAUGCAAAGGAAAUCACAAAUCAUAUUGCAAAACAAAUUUUGCACAGGCAGAAGAGCACUCCUGAGAUGAUGAAACAGAGAGCCGUAUACCAUUUAGCAAUGAGACUGGUUCAGACUGCCAGAAAUUCUCGACUGGACCCAGACAGUUUGCGUAUAUAUUUGAAAGGCUUGAAGAAAAAGUAUGAAGCCAGUUGUCCUGCACCCAGACAAAACGAUGAGCAACAGUAAUGUGCAAUAUCAGCUGUUGCUCUAAUUUUUGUGACUGUAAGAUGAUUCUGUUUUUUUCCAUAGCAUUAGAAAACAUUGCUUUUCACAUGUUUUUAAAUUCUUAAUUCUUAGUCUAAAUUAUACGUACUACUGAAAGACCAUAUCCUUCAUGGUUAUUUUUCCCCAAAACAUACCUGAAAUACAAGCAUUUACUUUGUAUGAGGAACACAAUUCUUUUUGAUAAUAAACUAUAUCCCUUUCAUUAUUUUGGAGAGAAAAAAGUAGUAUAAUAUUUAGUAUUUUCUGUAUGAUAUAUCUGGUAUUAUGGCUCUUACAUCUGAUACUGAAAAUCUUGCCAAACAAAAAGCAGUCUUUGAAACAGAUGGUCCGCUUGUCUUGCGUAGGCAAGCUCUGCUUGCACGGUUGAACAUGCAUCCAUAAAUCCUGCUGUUCCCUACUCAAGGAGAGUUCUAGCUCACUCAGUCAUUAUGCUUCAUCAGACAUAAUGUAGGCAGUCCAGGACUGCUUCCCCUCCAGAACCUGGCAGCCAGAGCUUUUUUUUUAACACAGUAACAGCAAAUUACUGUUGAUCAGUUUUUGUUUAGAAAGUUAUUAACAGGAAGUCAAUAAAAAGUUGAAUAUCCUUCUUCCUUAUUUUUUUGGAAACUUCAUUAAGUGACAGUAGCCACGUAUCCCAGCUUGAAGGAAUUUAUCUUUCCUCGCUCCCUUCUAACCAACUUUGGCCAAGCAUUCUUAUUUAUUUCUUUUUUAUAUAGAUGUAUGCAUGAGCGUAUAUAUAUGAUUUAUUAUGCAUGUAUCUAUAAAACUGGUAAUACACAACAGUGCAAUAUCUAACAGCAAAUACAUUUUUAUAUAUACCUAUAUUUCCUACCGUAUUUGUUGUCUACCCCAGUGAGGAUCAUGGCAGAAAAGAGUAUUCUGUGUUCAGUUUUCUUACCCAGAGGAACCAGAUGGCGGGAAAUGGACGUUUCAGACACAGACUCAGAGGGUGCAGGUCUCCCUAGCGGGGUCAGGGCUGCAGCACCGGAGGGGACCGUUCUGGGAGUCCUGCCUGGGGCCGUUUGACCCCGACAGAGCUGUUCCCCUGAGCUGCGCAUCUUAUUUCAGACCCUUCCGGUUGCUUCCAGUCAGC